AUGGCAGCGAAUGCAGUGCCGGCGCCGCAACACCAGCAGCAGCAUCAACAGGAACAGCAACAAUAUGAGUGCCAGGAUCAGGUGCAGAGGCAUCAAAAGCAACAGGCGCAGCAUUGGGAGCAUCAGCUGCAGGAGCAGCUUUCCCCGCCACCGCUCCCUCCACCGCAGCAGCAGCAGCAGCAGCAGCCACAACAGCAGCCACACGAGCGGCGACACAGCAGCCGUUCUGCACGCCUCCGCUCACUGGGGUCGAUGCCCUUGCUGGGUGGGAACGAUGAGGGCAGUAACCUGCUGCUGUCCAGGGCGCUGCUGAUUGAGACGCUGGACCUGGACAGGGAGCUGAUGCUUUUGGACGAACGACAGCUGGUGUCGCUUGAGAAUUCCACCUCCAGCCAGCCUCAAGAGCAGCAGAGUCAGCAGCAGGAACAGCAGCAGCACCAGCAGCAGCAGCACCAGCAGCCUCCCAAACUGCACGAACAGCAUGUGGUGUUGGGCCAAGCAGGACGGCCUGUGGGGAACAGCGACGCUCCCCACCUGCUGGACCAGCCAGCAAGCAACGGAAAGGCGGCUGUGAAGGAAGGCAUUGGCGCAUCAGGCUCGGUGGUUUUGGACGGCGGUGAAAGCCAGACACCCAUUAAUGCAGGGUGGCUGCGGCAGCUUCGCAGCUCGGAUGCGGCCGAGGAGGCGGCUGUGGAAGAGGCAGUCGUGGCCGGCAAAAGCGGGGCAGGGCCGGGGCCAGAGCAGACCGUGCCGCUGCAGCAGGCAUACUCAGCAGGCGCAAGGCCCCCCCUGCCCGUCAUAUCAGUAGCGCCUCAUGGGCCCGGGCACGCAGCUGUACCCUCGGCGUGGGCGGCUCCAGAGGACGUGGCAGCGCAGGAGGCGGCUGAUGCUGUCACAACUUCACUGUCGCUGUUGUGGCAGGAGCUGGAAAUCGUCAAGCAGGCGCUUGAGCAGGAAAGCAACAGCCAGCUCCAGCUCCAAGAGCAGCAGCAGCACCUGCCCCUGGUGCCUGAGGAAACGCAGCAGCAGCAGCAGCAGCAGCAGCAGCAGCAGCAGCAGCAGCAGCAGCAGCAGCAGCAGCAGCAGCAGUGGUGUGAGCACACUGAAGGCCCAACGGACGAGCAGCAAGACUCACAAGUGCACCCUAAGGGCCAGAACGCCGAGGCGUGCGAGUGGGUGGCCCCAGGCGAUGAUGAGUGGUCGGACACAUCGCAGCUGCACCAGCAGGGAGCCCCCUGGCGGGCGGGGCACCAGGCGCUCCAGCACGACCGGCCGAUGCAGCAGCAGGAUCACGGGGCGGGUCACAGCGGAGGGGAUGCGGGGCAGUGCUAUCAGAUGCAGCAGCAGCCAGCUCACAACCCAGCAGCUCGGCACAUGCCGCAGGAACAGCUUGAAGGGCUCACUCACACGCAGCGAUGGCAGUCUCAGCCCGACGUGAGGCCUUCGUGGGUUCCUCCUCAAAGGCAACCGGCAUCCCCACAGCAGUACCACGCGCCCCAGCCGCAACACCAGCAGCAGCAUGUCUGGCAUGGCGAGCCACAGCAGCAGCAACAACAGCAAUGGCACCAGCAACGGCAGCGGCAACACCAGCAGCAGCAGCAGCAGCAGCAGCAGCAGCAGCAGCAGCAACAGCAGCAGCAACAGCAGCAGCAACAGCAGCAGCAACAGCAGCAGCAACAGCAGCAGCAACACCAGCAGCAGCAGUGCACGUCUUCAUGUGUGCAGCAAGGUGCGACACCUGGUGAUGUCGCGAUGCCCCUUGGCCAUGCUGUGCGGGCAGUUGUAGAGUUGCAAGAAGCCAGGGACCGCGCCGGCAGCCUCGAGGCACAGUGUGCGCGCCUCACAGCCGCCAUCGAGCAGCAGCAGCUGGAGAGAAGCUACUUGGUGGCAGAGCGGCAGCUGGUCGGCACCCACGUGCGCCGCCUCGCGCUGAUGCUGCGCAGCUAUGGCGCUCAGGGGCUCAGCGGCAACGGCGGCAGCAGUACCUCAGCCGUGGACGCCAAUGAUGAGUUGGCUGACGAGGAAUGCCGGGACCCAGCCGAGGUUUCAGCAGCGGCUGCCACGCGUGCGCAUCCCAGGCCGGCGGAGGCGCAUGCGGCUGAGGCAUGGGCACGGCUGCCUGCAAGCAGUCUCUUGCGAGGGCUAGGCGGCCCUUUGGACGGCUGGAGGGACGUGCGGGCGCUUGCGAGGGAGGCAGCGCGCGCUCUUUCCGCGCAAAAGCGCGACCUGUCCGAGGCGGACCGCCGCGCAUCCGAGGCGGAGGCGCGCGUUAGAUCGUUUGAGGCGAGGUACGAGCACCUGGCGGGUCGUCUCAAGGCGGUGGCCAAGGCGGCGGCAGCGCAGGCGGCGCAAGCGGAGGUCGGCGGCAGGGAGGCGGCACGGGCUCGGGAGGCAGUGCGACAGCGGGAGGCAGCGCUGCAGCGGCGGCUGGACGAGAUGUCGCGCGACAGCACGGCGUCUGAGCGCGUUCUGCGGGAGCAGCUGCAAGAGGCUCAGGCGCAAGCGGCCGAGUACCAAAGCCUAGCAGCCGCUCAGCAGGCAGGCGUCGAGGAGGCGCGCGCGCAGCUGCUGUCGGCCGAGGCGCGCGCAGGCGCGCUAGGUGCUGAGCUGGCGGUCGCGCAGGAGGGCGCUGCCGCGGCAUCGCAGGAGGCAGGCACCCUGAAGUCCGAGCGCAAGGGCCUCGUCCGCGCACUCGAGGCCGCCGAGGCACGCCUGGCAGAAGCCGCACAGCAGCUGGAGGACGCCGACGCGGAGCGCUCGAGGCUGCGCGAGGCGCUGGAUCGAGCGGAGUUGGGACGCAGCCAGGCGGAGGCGCAGGUUGAGGCACAGGAUGCGGCAAUGCAGCAGGCGCGCAUCCAGGCAGCUGAGGCAACCGAGGCGCUCGCCGCCCUCCAAGCAUCUGACACAGCGAACAAGCGGCGCCUGGCGGCCUGCGAGGCGGACCUGCGGGCGGCCACCGAGCAACUGCGGCUUGGCGCGGAGGCGGCGGCGCGCCAGGCGCAGGCGGUGCUGGACACGGAGUCUGAGCUUGGAAGGGUGAGGGGCGAGCUAUCUGCCUGCAGGGCCCAGUUGGCAAAGCAUGCUGAGCGCGCGGACGCCGCCGAGGCCUCCGCUGAGCAGCUGCGGGAGCUGCCGCCGCAGCUGGCGGCGCUGCGCGCGCGCACGGCGCGCGCCGAGGCGUCAGCGGCCUGCGAGGAGCGGCGGCGGACGCUGCUCGAGGAGCGGGCGGCGGCGCUGGCUGCGGAGCUCAGAGCGUCGCGGCACCAGGCCGACGCCGCGCGGGUGGAAGCCCGGCGGACACAGGGGCAGCUUCUGGGGAUUCGCGCCGAGGUCAGCGCCUGGGCCGCCGGCGGCUGCGGGGACGGCGGCAGCAGCGGGCAAUCAGAUGGCUCCGGCAGCGAUGGCGAGGACGGCAGCAGCGGAGGCACAGAUGACUCGCACAGAGAGCAGCAGCGGCAGCACGAAGGCAAGGCAAGGCCAGGCAAUGCCACGCGAGAUCUGGAAAUCACCCAGGAGCGCGUCCAGCUGCUGCAGCUGCCCGUCAUCAACUAG